AUGUCAUCUCCCGUCCCACUCCUUCGGCCGCCGGUGCCUGGCAAUCGCAACAACACCAGCAGCCCCCGGACGCCCAAACUCACCUUGGGUAUCCCUCCUUCGCCCAACGUGAAGCCCGUCAACGGCACUGGCGUCUCCGCCACCCCUCCCACCCUUGCGAUCCCGACCAGUCUCGAUGCAUCGCAACCCCAACAGCCUGCCUCCCGGCCAGCCCCGCCACAGCUGCGUCUAGCGACUCCCAUGGGCAGUAGUCAAAAUGUGUCAAAGCCGCCAACCCUCAUGCCGAAUGGCCGACCUGCCCCGCCCCCUCUAUCCACCAACUUGAGUGUUUCGACCGGACAGCUGGACGCAAAGGGCAGUGGCCCGGCAUCGGCCAACUCGCAAUAUUCCGCCCUGUCAUUUGCCAUGGGCCUUCGUCAAUCCUCGGGCGGCAAUUCAGAUCCCUCAUCCGCCAUUAGCUCGGUCGUGAGUGACGCGACCUCGCAGACGGACCGAGAGAACGGCAUCAACGCCCUAUUGCCCGACCUCGACAAGUUGAGUCUGGAGAAAGGUCGGCCAUUGGAUGUGGAUGAUUUGGAUGACGAGGGCUGGCAUGCGGCCAGUGAACAAAAGAAGAUCGUUGAAUUGGGAAGUUUGGGUGAAGGAGCAGGUGGCGCCGUCACCCGAUGCAAACUGAAGGAAGGUAAAACUGUAUUUGCAUUAAAGAUUAUCACGACAGAUCCGAAUCCCGAUGUGAAGAAGCAGAUUGUCCGUGAACUCAACUUCAACAAAGAUUGUGCAUCCGACCACAUCUGUCGCUACUACGGAGCCUUCAUGGACAAGUCCACCGGUACCAUCUCUAUCGCUAUGGAAUUCUGUGAGGGUGGAAGUUUGGACAGCAUCUAUAGGGAAGUCAAGAAGCUUGGCGGUCGAACAGGAGAAAAGGUGCUUGGUAAAGUGGCAGAGGGUGUGCUCAAUGGCUUGACCUAUCUGCACAGCCGGAAGAUCAUCCAUCGAGAUAUCAAGCCUUCCAACAUCCUGUUGUGCCGCGAUGGCCAAGUCAAGCUCUGUGACUUCGGUGUCAGUGGCGAAUUCGGCACCAAGGGCGAUGCAAACACAUUCAUCGGCACUUCCUAUUACAUGGCUCCCGAACGUAUCACCGGCCAAUCCUACACCAUCACCUCAGAUGUUUGGUCCUUGGGCGUGACCCUGCUAGAAGUUGCGCAACACCGAUUCCCCUUCCCCGCCGACGGGACCGAGAUGCAACCUCGCGCUGGGUUGAUUGAUCUCUUGACCUACAUUGUCCGGCAGCCAAUCCCCAAAUUGAAAGACGAGCCGGAUAACAAUAUUCGCUGGUCGGAUAAUUUCAAGUACUUUAUUGAAUGCUGUCUCGAGAAAGAACCGCCUCGCCGUGCGACUCCUUGGCGGAUGCUGGACCAUCCAUGGAUGCAGGACAUGAGGAACAAGAAAGUCAACAUGGCGAACUUCGUGAAGCAGGUGUGGGACUGGAAAGAUUAA